GGGUGCAAGCCAGCUGCUUCUGCCUGCUGAUGGUGGCAGAUGGGAUACAGCACCAGCACUUCCUUGCCCUCGUCAUGUGGCCAUGGCUCUCAAGGUCAAAACUGCUGAAACCAAGGCAGUUCUGGUGAACCUGGUGAUAUGCAUGGUGGUCUUUUACACUGUGUACUAUGUGGUCCUGUCUGUGUGCUUUGCAGUAUUCAGGAUUAAAAUGUUGGAUGGUUUGGCCCCUUUUGAUUUUAAGACAAGUCCCUCCUGGAUGAACUCAUACUAUCUAGUGCUUGUGAUAUCCUUGGAGAUAACCUUCUUCAUCUGUGGGCUGCUCUUUGCCCUGGUUGUGGAAGAAUGGGUGUGGGAUUAUGCAGUAACAGUCACUGUCCUUCACAUCCUCAUCACUUCAGCUGUGAUGUCUGAAUUCCCCCUGAUGUUGCACUGGUGGCUGGCACUAGGGUCUGGAGUAAUUUCAAUGAUUUGUGGAGGACAGCUUCUGGCCUACUACUUGUUCAAGGACAACUUCAUUUACCCAAUUCUAGAUGAUUUUUGAAAAGGAAAAUGAGACUUUGCCUU